GAAAGCACUGUUCUGUCUAACUGCUGCCCCUCGCUGGAUCAUGAUAAAAAUGAGGCACCACUGGAAUGCGUCCCUUCCUCCCCUUUGUUGCACCGGGCUCUAUAAAUAAGCUCCACCUGAGGAAUCGAAUUGCAGUCUGUCGUGCUCCCUCAUUAAAAAAGUGUGUUCCCGACGACAGGAUCGACCAAUUCUAAACGCAAACGAUUGCUUUUCUUUCCCGUCUGCACAAAAUGUACUCUGAGAGUCGUCACACAGAAGAGAGAGAAGCUCACAAACUUGUUUCACUUAGGCGAGUGGCACCAACCAGCUGCAGAUACGUGAAUAGCGAGUUGAGCCAGAUUUUCCUGCGCUGCGGGCAGAACGAGGACGGAGCCCUGAACGAGUCGAUUCCGCAGCUGGCGAAGCAGGACCCGGAUCUGUGGGCAGCGUCCGUGAUUUUCAUCGCUUCAAACCACAAGGGGAACUUCGGACCUGUCACCGACACGCGGUUCACCAUUCAGUCAAUUGUCAAAAUUUUGAUCUACGCAUACGCUGCCAGUCACCUCGGAGUUGCCCAAGUUUCUGAUCGUGUCAAAUGCCGCGGCUUUGCAGUUCCCUACAAUUCGGACAAAACCACAGAGGGAUGUGCGCCGAAUGUUUGUUUGAACAGCGGAGCCCUGACUGCUUGUGCGAUGAUAUUGAAAUUGGUCCACCCUAAGGCGAAGCAAUGGUUGCAUGUUUUCUACACAUUCCGGUCGUUUGUGCAGAAAAUAUGUGGUGGUGAUAUUAUUGAAUGCGAUUAUGAUACUUACCAUUCUGAAAUUUCAACUGCUGCUAGUAAUAGGGCAAUCCUGGCCAAGCUUUCUAAAUGUGGGACAUUGCCUGCUGACGUCAACACCGAGGACGUGCUGUGUUUUUACACAAGUUGCUGUUCGUUGCUUGUGAACACGCAGCAUUUGGCAAACAUGGGUUUGGUUUUGGCCAAAACGGGCAAGAACGAGUCAGGCAAGCAGGUUUUGGAGCCACGAGUGGCGCAGUCAUGUCUCGCGCAAAUGAUGCAGGCCGGCCUUUACGAGCAGUCGGGUGAUUUUUUCGCCAUCACGGGGCUCUUGGCGAAGAGUGGCGUGUCCGGAGGCGUCGUCGCCGUGGCCCACAAGAAGAUUGCCAUCGGUCUCUUCUCGCCGCGACUCAACGCCUACGGAAACUCGGCCCGCGCCGUCCAGUUCAUUAGAGAGCUAUCAGUGACAAUUCCUGGCAUCCAUCAGCUUGCAGAGGAUGAAUUGGAAAUUUAGGAAGCUGCUGAAAGCCGUAAAAUAAGAUUAACUGUGCAUCUGUGUGCGGUGCAAGUGUUCGGGGACGCCAAAUAAUUAUUUUUAAAUAAUCUCUAUGCAUCACGUUAUAUGCAGAUAUAAACUAACAUUUUAUAAUGUUAAGAUACC